UUCCCCUGCCCUUUUCUCGACUUUCCUCGAGUGCUCGGCCAUGACCAGGAUGGGCCCUUUACGCAUUCUGGUUAUUUUUGUAUCCUUCUUCCUCACAAACGCUCUAUCGCGUUCAACCAACGCCACCACCCUCGAGCCCUCCAAACGCGACUUUGUUUCCUCCCGUCGCAAUCGACUUCCAUCUCUUGCACGUAGAGACGACGAAACAGAAGGAUUCAAUUCGAGCUUCAGCGUUGUGAAGAACUCGGGAGUAUGUGAGACGACGCCUGGCGUUGGCCAGAUAUCAGGCUACGUAGAUGUUGGGGUCAAUAUGUCCAUGUGGUUCUGGUUCUUCGAAGCUCGCGAGAAUCCCGAAACGGUACCAUUCACGCUCUGGUUGAACGGGGGUCCAGGGUGUUCGUCGAUGAUUGGAUUGUUUCAAGAGAACGGCCCAUGUCACAUAUUAGAAGAUGGACAGACGACGGAGUUGAACCCGUUCAGUUGGAAUAACAUCAGCAACAUGAUCUACAUCGACCAGCCCAUCGGAACAGGCUUCUCUUUCGGUACGGAUACGGUCAACUCUACAGAGGCGGCGGCUCCGUUCGUGUGGGAGGCAUUCCAGCUGUUGUUCGAGAGUGGGGAGUUUUCGAAGUUUCAGUCGAGAGAUUUCAUAUUCGCGACCGAAUCGUACGGCGGACAUUAUGGGCCUGCGUUCGUCACGUUCUUUGAUGAGCAGAACGCGUUGAUAGACGCUGGGGAGAUCGAGGGUGAGAAGAUCGUGGUUAGUGCGUUGAUGAUCAACAACGGCUGGUACGACCCCCUCAUCCAAAACGAAGCCUACGUCCUCUUCGCGAUGGAUCCCCCGGGCUACACUCCCUGGCUGAACGACACCCAACUUUCAGCCCUUAAUACCUCCUUCUUCGAGCCGGGGGGAUGUGAGGAGCAGGAGAUCGCGUGUGAGGCGUUGAGGAAUACGGAUAGUGCGAAUCGGACGGUGGAUGAGGUGUGCAUCAAGGCGGACAAUUUUUGUGUCGAAAAUGUCUUCGUGCCCGCUUUCGGUGACCGGGACGUCGAUGACCUCCGACAAAACUCUUCGGCGCUGUUCCCACCGGAGUUUUACCUCGACUUCCUGGCGAACGAGACAAUAAAGGCAUUGAUUGGGGCCACGAGCACAUACGGCGAAUGUCCCGACGCACCUGAUGAGCUGUUCGAGAGGACGGGGGACGACGCACGAAGUUGGCUGAAAGAGCUGGGCGAUCUCGCGAAUUCGGGAUUGAAGCUGCUUAUCUGGGCUGGUGAUGCUGAUAUCAACUGCAACUGGAUAGGCGGCCACAACUCCGUCCUAGCAAUGGACUGGUUCGGCAACGAAACUCUCCAUGCGACUCCGUUGACCAAUAUCACGAUCAGCGGCGUGAAUGGGGGUGAGCCUGUUGCUGCGGUGCAGAAUGUUGAGAAUUUCAGCUUUGCGAGAGUGUAUCAGUCGGGACAUGAAGUGCCUGCGUUCCAACCCGCCACCGCACUCGAGGUCUUUCGACAGAUCAUCAAUAUGGAGCAGUUGCAUUCUGUUUGAGGUUCUGCAUACGGGGGACCUUGAUCUACGAAACGUAUGGACAAGUAGACGGUGGUAUGUAUGGAACUGAAGAUGUCUUGGUAUUUUAGAGGAAACCAAUGGAAAUGCGCUAUCGCA